GACACCACGCCUUGCCUUCCAUAGCAGAACUGGGGGCUUAGCCUCUCAUCAGAAUUGCAUCCUGCUUAACUGCCAUUAAUCGAUUGAGCGAGCCACAUCAUUUGCAUUUGCAUUGGCCAUCUUUACUAGUAGAGUCAAGAUAAAUCAAGUUUUGAAAUCCCUCACACCCUUCUUGCACCCCACCUACCCAUAACAGCCUCCGAUCACGGCGAUGAUACCGGUGCGGCGAUGGAUAAAAGCGAGAGCACAUUCAUGCAUGCUAAUUGUCAGGUUUUCAGUUCUCACCAGUAAUAUAAUUAGGUAGUUGCAUUUCUGAAUUGCAUUGCAUCCCCAAAAUGGCAUAGAGGUGUAUGCAUGGCCCUAUACAUACUUUGCUGAUGAUGCAACACCCCUGUUGUAGCCUUCACUUGAAGCGGUUCUUCGGUUAGCAAUUGCUUUCGGCUGAUCCGUCGACCGCCGACCGCCGGGAAGCGUUCUGAAAGCCCUGUGCCAUCGGUGACAUCAACAAAUCCUAUCCUGAUUCCCGACAGCUGCAGAGAAAGCCUUGCGUCUAUGAUAUGUCACUCGCUUGCUCAAUCCUAGGACAAGCUGACCACUGCGCACUGGCGCUGAGCUGAGCGAUGGUGGGAGGAGGAGACUAUCACCAGGCUGUUCAUGGCCAUGGAGGGGGAGGAGGGGGCACCGUGGAGGCUGCGCUCAGGCCGCUCGUCGGCGGCGCCCACGGCUGGGACUACUGCAUCUACUGGCGGCUCUCUCCUGACCAGCGGUUCUUGGAGAUGACGGGGUUCUGCUGCAGCGCGGAGUUCGAGGCGCAGGUGGCCACGCUCGCCGACGUCCCUUCCUCCAUCCCUCUCGACUCCUCCUCCAUCGGGAUGCACGCUCAGGCGCUGCUGUCGAACCAGCCGAUCUGGCAGAGCAGCGGCGGGGCGCCGGGUCCGGAUCUGCUCACGGGCUACGAGGCUGCCUCCAGCGGCGGCGAGAAGACGCGGCUCCUCGUCCCCGUCGCCGGCGGGAUCGUCGAGCUCUUCGCUUCAAGAUACAUGGCGGAGGAGCAGCAGAUGGCGGAGCUGGUCAUGGCGCAGUGCGGCGGCGGUGGGCAGGGGUGGCAGGAGACGGAGGCGCAGGGGUUCGCGUGGGACGCGGCGGCAGACCCGGGGCGGCUCUACGCGGCGGCGUCCCUCAACCUGUUCGACGGCGCCGGGGGAAGCGGCUCCGGCGAGCCGUUCCUGGCGGGAGUGCUGGAGGACGGCGCGGCCGGCGUGGGGUGGCAGUACGCGGCAGAGAGCAGCGAGCCGCCGUCGACGGUGGCGCAGGAGCACCAGCAGCUGCACGGCUCGGGCGUGGGGAGGGCGGACUCGGGGUCGGAGAGGAGCGACAUGCAGCUGGGGGACCCCGACGACAACGUCGACGGCGAGACGCAGAGGGGCUCCGGCAAAGACGGCGGCGGGAAGCGACAGCAGUGCAAGAACCUCAUCGCGGAGCGGAAGCGGCGCAAGAAGCUCAACAACCGCCUCUACACGCUCCGGUCCCUCGUCCCCAACAUCACCAAGAUGGACCGGGCGUCGAUCCUCGGGGACGCGAUCGACUACAUCGUGGGGCUGCAGAAGCAGGUGAAGGACCUGCAGGACGAGCUGGAGGACCCGAACCCGCCGGGGGGCACCGGCGGCGACAGCAAGGCCCCCGACGUGCUCCUCGACGACCACCCGCCGCCGGGCCUCGACAACGACGAGGACUCGCCGCAGCAGCAUCCGUUCCCGUCCGCCGGCGGCAAGCGGGCCCGGAAGGAGGAGGCCGGCGAGGAGGAGGAGAAGGAGGCGGAGGACCAGGACAUGGAGCCGCAGGUGGAGGUCCGGCAGGUGGAGGGGAAGGAGUUCUUCCUGCAGGUGCUGUGCUCCCACAAGUCCGGGCGCUUCGUCCGCAUCAUGGACGAGAUCGCCGCCCUCGGCCUCCAGAUCACCAGCGUCAACGUCACCUCCUACAACAAGCUCGUCCUCAACGUCUUCCGCGCCGUCAUGAAGGACAACGAGGCGGCGGUGCCGGCGGACAGGGUGAGGGACUCGCUGCUGGAGGUGACGAGGGAGAUGUACGGCGGGGGUGGCGCGUGGUCGUCCCCGCUCCCCCCGCUGCCGCCGCCGACAAAUGCGAAGCUCGAUGGCAUGGACGGGCAGGCGGUGCCGGCGGUGGCCGGGGAGCACUACCACCAGCUGCACCACCAGGUUCUGGGAGGGUACCAUCACCAGCAUCUGCACUACCUCGCCAUGGAUUGAUUGAUUCCCUAUAUUACUACUAGCUACUAUAGGUCCAUGGCUGGAUUAGUUGAUAUACGUAAUUAGUUCCCUUCAUGCUCGUAAUUUGUUUUCCCUCGUUUGUUCGUUCAAAUAUGUGUCAAGUUUAACUAAUUAACUGGAGAGGACAGAACAGUGAAAUUAAAUUGUUUGUUGUUUGGGUGAAUUCGUGAUAAUUAC